GGCAGCCGAGUGCACCUGCAGCGAUUCCCUUCUGAAGCAGCCCGCUCCUCAGUUCGUCACGAACCUCCGCCAGACCGUCAGACUUGGCCUCCACGAGAAGCAGAAGUCGAUGGACGUGUACAUGAGGAGGGUGAGGGAGAUGGCGAAGCUGCCCGCGAUCAGCGUGGGCAAGGCCAUCGCCUCGGGGGGCGGCCACCUCGAGGUGGUGGUCGUGGAGUGCCGCCACCUGCGCCCGCCCCGCGUCCAGCGCGACAAGGACUGGAGGCAGACGGUGGACCGCAUGAGGCAGGCCGACAUCAACGCGGUGGUGCGGAUCAGGGUGAGGCAUGGCAUGGAAGGCUGCGUCUCGGCGAAGUUCCACAUCCAAAACUUGGACUACCACAAGAUCCAGCAGAAUCCGGCCCAAGUCGCUGGGCUUUCGGGUGCCAUGCAGGCCGUGAUCGCCUACCAGCUGACGGGCGGGAUCCGAACGAGCGACAUGGAGGUGGAGCUUCUGCUGGUCGAGGGUCAGACCUACGCCCAGGUCUCCAUCUUCCUGCCCACUGGCGCCAACGCGAACGAGGUCUCCAAGACCCUGGUCACGCAGGCCGAGGUCCUGAACACGGAACUUACCAAGCGCAUCAGGAUGGUACCUCGGAUCAAGGACUCUUCGGUCGGCACGCUCGAGGCCGUGCAGUUCGGGGCUCCCCAGGUCAUGGGGGAUUUGGCCGUCAAGGGCAACAAGGUGCAGUCAACGGUCCCGAUUACUGGCAGCUCUCCGAAUUGGGCAGCCAUACCAAACCUUGAGAGCAGCGGCGGUUGGGUCUUCAAGCUGCCGGACAUGGACCCCAUGCCCGAGGGCAAGAACAAGCAUCUGGUCUUCGAGCUCGAGGUGAUUGACCAGCAGACGAUGGGCGAGAAGGUCCUCGGCAAAGUCCGCAUCCCCGUGUUCGACCCCGAGAGGAAUGUGGAUCUCAACCCACGGG